UCUUCUGUGCGCACCUUCAGUGUCGACCUGAUGCCUCUUUUGUGAAGCGGCAGCUGAGGAGACUCCGGCGUUCUCCAUGGCCGACGAGAAACCCAAGGAAGGAGUUAAGACCGAGAACAACGACCAUAUUAAUUUGAAGGUGGCGGGGCAGGAUGGCUCUGUGGUGAAGUUUAAAAUUAAGAGGCCUACACCACUUAGUAAAUUAAUGAAAGCCUAUUGUGAACGACAGUGUUUGUCAAUGAGGCAGAACAGAUUCCGGUUUGAUGGGCAGCCAAUCAAUGAAACAGACACACCUGCACAGUUGGAAAUGGAGGAUGAAGAUACGAUUGAUGUGUUCCAGCAGCAGACAGGAGGUGUCUACUAAACAGGGAACCUGCUACUUUACUCCAGAAUUUUGUUAUAGACCAAGAAUACAUUCGCAAUUAGCCGCAAUUUGGUUCCACCACAUCCUGACUACUACAGUAUAGUUUUCUCUAUUCUUUCAUUUCCCUGUCCCCAUUUCUUUAUUGUACAUAAAGUAACUGGUGUAUGUGCACAAGCAUAUUGCGCUUUUUUCUUUCCUUUUUUUUUUCUUCUUUUUUAAACAAAAUGGCCAAUGUUCUGUUUUGACUGACAGCAGAUGGAGGUGGUCUGGGGGAAAGUAUUGGUUCUGUGAACAUACCCCCCUGCUCCAUCAGUGGCUCGCUCAUCAGCUCUUAUCUUUAUAUUCCAGUAAGUUAUUUUGCUCUCAAUGUUUUAACAAAAGAACCCAACCACAAAAUCCUUGCAAACCUUGUUCGAUUGGAGAAUGUUAAUGUUUUUUCAUUUAUCAUUGUAAAACCAAGGACAAUUUUAUAACUUUUUUGUACGUAGCUGUUACAUGUAGGGCAAUCUGUCUUUAAGUAGGGAUAAAUUACUC